AAGCGUAAGAAUUUAAACUAAAUUUGACAUUAUCUUAUCUUUUUAAACACGAGAACAUUUAUAUACAUGUAGCUUAUGAAAAUAUAUAUGUUACACUUAUUAAUUAAGCUUUGGAUUUAUAUUUCACGAGAAUCCAUAAUCACACACAAGUCGUUAGUGUUUCUCACACAGUCCGAAGUAAAAUAGAGGAGCUCGUUCUGAUUCAUUCAUACUAACGGCAGUGGUGUGAUUCAAUAAAAGAGUGAACGGACCUUUUUUUUUUUGUAAUACAAAACAGCUGAUCAGGGGUGGACUUUCAUUAGUGCACAUGAACGCCGUUACAAACCGCCACUAUCCCCACAUCCAAUCCAAAUUCAAGUAGAAGGCGACUCAAUGGCAGGCUGCUGGAAGCAAGCUGAAUAGCUAUAUUAUCUCGUCGGUGACAAUAUCGAUCAAAAGUUUCGCGCUCUAUCUCGAUGGCGACGGAGGCGGAUCCGCACAGUACCGGUUCUCGAUAUCGUGGAACCUAACGUGUUUUCUUCUAUUCGUUUCCACGAAAAUUAUCGGUUAUCGACGCGUUGAUGUCCGCUUGCGAAAUUAGCCCCGAGCCGUUUAUCAAGCGCACCCAAACUUACGAAACUCAUUAUAGAUAGAGAAUACCAGCGUGUGAUAACGAGAGAAGAACGAAGGAGAGAAGCAACGUCAUCUGUCAAGCUGCUCUUCCCAACUGCGCCCCUCGUCAUACUUUCUGUAAGCCGCAUGAAACAAUAAAUUGUCCAUUCUCGCUGGUCUCCUGUACAUCUUCGGCACUUACAGCCAGACGUAUUUAUUAAGAGGGAGGAGAGGAGGGGGGACGACACAAAGUGAGACCAAAACGGACUUUUGGAUUAUGCUCAGACUUCAACGGAAGAAAGAGGCAAGGAAGAAAUUCGAGGAAUCGACGAAAGUGCAGCAGGUGCAGCAAUUGAGAGGAGGACGAACUCUCACUCUCGCUCAUGGUGUACAGUCGUCGUCAGCAGUGCUGACGGUGUGCUGCUCGUGCUGUCGGAGUGUACAGACCGAACGUCGUGUAAAGUGCAUCGCAGUGCGAGCGCGCAAAUGUCAGAGGACCCGUGGUGGAAGAAGGCGAGAGCGUAGGAAUGUGACCGGACGCAGUCCGGCAAUUUGAAUCUUUUUACAAUUCUGAGGAAACUGUCCAGCGGAACAAUCGCCGAGGUCGUCGUGAAUCGCGCACGAUGGAGGGCCAGCAGGUAAGAGCGCUGUACGAUUUCACCGGUGAGCCAGGAACCGCGGAAUUAUCUAUCACUGCCGGCGAGCUUCUGACAGUCAUGCGAGACAACGUGGGAGAUGGCUGGUGCGAGGGAUUUAAUCAGAGCGGCCAGUCGGGCCUGUUUCCAGCGGCGUAUGUUCAAGUGGUCGAACAAGCUGUUUCUAAUACUAUGACAUCGUCCCAACAGAGCUCAGGUGAUUAUUGGGACGACGAUUGGGACGAUGAUUCUGAGGUUGGACAAACACAGGCGUAUGUACCACCCACGCAACAGCAACAGCAUGCUGUACAAGUGGCGCAGCAAAACAAUGCUGACCAUGGUAAUCUUGUGCCCAUGCAUACCAUACAUUCUGUGAUACCUGAGAGACCUAUACCCAAUGUACCAAAGAAAAACAAUAAGUUUUCCACACUCAUCAAAUCGGGAGAGGAUAGCUUCCUAAUGAGUGUCAGAACGGUAAACGUGCCUGACAGCGAGAGGAUUUAUAUAGAAGAGAGCGAUAACGGUCGAUGCACGUGGGUGCCGACCGGAGAGCCAUACAGUUGCGUCGUUACGUCGCCUAAGAAGGAAUCCAAACUGAAGGGUCUGAAGAGCUUCAUUGUCUAUCAAUUAACUCCUACGUUUAAUAAUAUACAAGUCUCGAGGAGAUACAAGCAUUUCGAUUGGCUGCACGAACGCUUAGAAGAGAAGUACUGCUUUAUUCCGAUUCCGCCUUUGCCAGACAAGCAGAUCUCGGGUCGCUACGAGGAGCAGUUUAUCGAGCAUCGGCGUACGCAGCUGCAGGAGUUCGUCGAUUACGUGUGUCGGCAUCCGGUGUUAUCGCGCAGUCGUGUAUGGGAGCAUUUCAUGACCUGCACGGACGAGAAGCGAUGGAAAGCGGGCAAACGGCAAGCGGAGAAGGACGAGCUGCUGGGCGUGAAUUAUUUCAACGCCAUUCAGUGUCCGGACGCAUCGUUGGACGCCAUCAAAAUGGAGAUCCAGACGGACACGUUUGGCAGAUUUAUCAGCGGGCUGGACCCCGUGGUGAAGAACUUCAUGGCUAUGUCGGUGGACCAGGCGAAGAAACACCAAGUGUUGUACAGAAGAGAAUUCCAGAAGAUUAGUCAGUCGUUCACGUCGCUCGGCCACGCGUUGGAGGCGGACGACAACAGCCGUGGCAAACUGACGCGAGCGUUGAAGGCCACCGGCGACGCCUACAACGACAUCGGCAAGCUCUACGAGGAACAGCCCAAGUUCGAUUGGGAACCGUUGGCCGAUAAGUUCCACAUUUAUCGCGGUAUUAUUAGCAAUUUCCCUGACGUCAUCAGCAUCCAUAAGAGCGCUGUGCAGAAACGAAAGGACUGCGAACGGCUGGUCAGCGAGCAUAAGAUGGAGCCGCAGCAAUUGCGCGAGCUCUCUCACCGAACCGACGUGAUAGCGCGCGCUUUGGUCGCUGAGGAGAUACACUUCCAGACGGAGCGCGAGGUGCACAUCAACAAAGCCAUAAAGACACAUCUCACGGAGCAGAUUGCCUUCUACCAGAAAAUAGUCGACAAGCUGCAGGAAGCGUUGAGUGCGUUCGACGAAUGAGACUCGUGUUAUUGCAAUUCCGCUUGAGCGAGACAUCCGAUCGGCACGAGUGAACCAACGCCGCCGCUAAUGGUUAAUUGCAACGCUGAGUGCAUACGCGACUACGAACGACAAAUGUACCAAAUGCGCAUAUUUUCAGUGAAACUUGUACAUAUAUAUAGAUUUUCUUUAUACAGGGUGUACACGAGUUCCUGACACAACUUUGUACCACACGAUUUAACAUUACCGAUAGUAUUGUAGUUGAUUAAGACGCGUAUAAAUAUUCCAUUGCAUCGUGUCGUAAUAGGCAAAUUCGGAUGAUUGACUCGGCUUGAGCUAUGAUCCUAGUACACAAAAGUGUAGACAAGUGUAGUGAUGCAUUAUAAAAAUGUAGUAAAGAGUAACGUUAUGUGAGUCUUAAAAGCUUUCUCACUAUAGAUGUAAUUUUCAUGGCCAUUUUCAUAUUUUUAUAAUCUUGGCUCAAGCAACCGAGCUACAAUGUCGGUAAUGCUAAAUCGGUAAUGCUAAAAAGUUGUAUCGCGAAUUCGUGCACACCCUGUAUACACUUGAAUUAGAGAAGAGUUGACGCCUAGGCGGCAAUUACGUCGCUUUUCUUUAGGAGUGAAAACGCCGAAAGUUUCAUGCUGCCUUUGUUCAAAAAGUCACAUGAUUGCUAAAGUCAUUAAGGUUGCGUGAAAUUUUUCGCAUUUUCAUUCUUAGGGGAGGAAAGUUACACGAUCGCUACCCUGAAACGGCCGAGCAAAAUCGACGUUAUGUCAAUAACAUGUGCUUAAUCAUGUUGAUCUUGUGAAAUAUCUAUACGUAGAACGUAGAGAACAGUCAUCAAACACGCAUUACGUUCUUGUUGUUACGUCAUAUACGUCGAGUUUUGCAAGGUGAUCAAGUGUUUACGCGCGCAAAGAGCGAUCCAUAGCUGGAAUUGAUGUAACUAUACGAUAAUCAUUGAAGUGAUUUUAAGAAAUUGUAAUAUAUUUCGCCUUGAUGUGUUUUAUCAUUGUUAAUCUAUCUUGAGAUUUUUUCUUUUUUUUUCGAAAAUACCAAUGUAUUUCAUCUUGUAAGGUAUUUUUUUUGUCGUCAGUCUGAUGUUUCUUUCGCUAUGAAUCUUGGCGAAGCUGACGCUAUGUCGCAUCGCCGUGAUAUUAUGUAUAUAUGUACUUUCCACAGGAACGGUAUACUCAGAUUUAUUAUAAAUAUUGCAAGAUAUUUUUAAUCGCAGAAUGAUUUAUACCUGUGGUGCGACGUUGGAAAUAGAUAUUGGGAUACAGUUUUUGCAAUACCGUCUCUCACAUACGAUAAACGUAAAAUCGUAAACGUUAUUCACUCAGAAAUAACGUCGCCAUGUAUGCGACCAAUAGCAUUCACGAGCAAUGUUUACUGUAUCUGAGAAACAAUAUUGCAAAAACUCACUAAUUACAUGUUCUUCGUCACUUUUCCACGUGUGAGAGAGAUGAUGGUAACAUGCGUCGAGAUUUCUACGAGAAUAUUUGGUACCAGUGAACGUAUUUGUAUUGUAUAUGCAAAAUUCGGAAAUCUUCUUAGUUUCGAAUAAGAAAAUAUAGCUUAUACUUCUAAACGAUAUAAUCAAAAUCAAAGACGCGAAAGUGUAAUCGCAUGAGCUUGUGCUAUGUUAAACGCUUCGACUGUAACGUAAAACGGAAAAAGAUCAGAAUUGUAUUUGACGAGCAGCUAAAAAAAUGUAGAGUAUUAUGAGUGUAUUAUCUGCUUUGUAAGAUUUUAAUUAUUCGCCAAGCUUGAUGUCGAUUAUUUCCCUCCGCGGAAUGAACGUACGUUAGUCAUCCGAUGAGCGAAUGAGAGAGAGAGAGAGAGAGAGAGAGAGAGAGAGAGAGAGAGAGAGAGAGAGAGAGAGAGAGAGAGAGAGAGAGAGAGAGAGAACGAUUUGUUGGCUUGAACGAUGAAACGGGGAAAGAUGAACUAAUUCGCGCACGUGCAUGUGCAAUGUGUUCUUGUGGGAUAUUCUAAAGGCAGCCGGCGACACGCAUACAUCACGCAGAAUGUAUUAUUUACUUGUAAUCGUGAUUACGAGUCUACUAUACAUUUUUAUAUAUGUAAGAAAGUGGUAGAGGCGCGCGCGCGUAACGACGAACGGAAUAACAAAGUGUAAGACACGCUACAUUCUUGUUAUUGCAUUUAAAUAAAUUGUACAAA